AUGAUGAAUGGUAGUGCAGGUUUAAUCAGGAAUGGUUGCUCAAGGAUGAUCGAUAUAUCUAAUCCUUCGUUGAUCCCACCAGAUGAUCCUGACCACCCGUUCAUUCCAUCAAAAACCGUAUAUGAGCAACAUCGCCAACCAAUUUAUGCGUGUGCUUUCAACCCAUAUCAGCCGGAUGGAUGCGUACCGGUGCUGGCCACUGCGGCGAAAAACAUGAUUACUAUUUAUGAAUGUCCACUGGAUUCGAACAAAAUUGUCCUUGUUAGGAGUAUCAAAGAUCCUUCGCCUGAUAUGGAUAUAUUCACGUUGACAUGGUGUUACGAUAUUACUGACAAAGCUCAUCGAAUAGCGUUUGGUGGCUAUUCUGGACUAAUUCGACUUGUUGAUCCAAGUUCGGGAAAUUUAUUGAUGAAUAUGUAUGGACAUGGAGAUCAUGUUAACGAGAUGCGUACAGAUCCCAAUAAUUCUAUGAUAUUCGCAUCUGUCAGCAAGGAUACCACCAUACGUUUGUGGAAUAUACGAGUUCACGGACCAAUUGCAAUUUUAGGCGGAUAUGAGGGACAUAAGGAUCAAAUACUUUCUCUGGAUUGGUCGCUCGACAGCAAAUACAUUGUCUCCUGUAGUAUGGAUCACUCUAUCAGGCUAUGGCAUUUGGGAACUGAUAAACUGCAGGAGCGUAUACCAAUAAAUACUGACCUGCACAAUGAUUACGUGGAUUGCGUGCGAUUUCUUGGGCACUACGUUGUCUCCAAAGGCUCUGAUAUGUCGAUGGUCGUGUUCAGAUUUGGUUCAUUUGGUGAAGAAUUCUACAAGAUUAGGCCGAAGCUGCAGGUGGACACAUCCGCUCUUCAACUCGUCCGGAUGGAUUUACCUGAUUCAGACAUAUGGUUUAUUAAGUUUGAUAUUGAUCCUCUCAAUAGGAUACCUUCGUACUGCAAUACCGCUGGAAUUUUGAAUGGUCCAACUGCAAAGAAAGCAAAAAGACGUGGUCGAAGGCUCGGAAAGAAGCGCAAUGACAGUGAUUCAGGCAGUUCUGAGGACAGCGAUAUGAGGACUAACUAG